AUGGCGGGCCGGUUGGCUAGGAUUCAAGCCCGAGGCAAUGCAGAAGCUAUCCUCACUGCGGCUGGGGUCUCUCUCCUCCAGGACCAUGGGACAGCUGCCGCCGGGUACCCUGACACCCUGAGAAUCAGGCCAACGGGCAUGGGAUGGAUGGUGGGAUGGUGCCGUUCAGACCCGGUCAACGCGGUGAACAUCUAUGUACUGUACAAGCCCCCGCCCUGGCUUGCCAGCCUGGGUUCCCGACUGGCGCGCCUGCCAGGGCAUGGAGGCUACCUUUGGCCACUGGUGAUGGGCUUUUGGAAGCCCAAGUGCCACUGUGCCUGGAAAACGCGGGCUGCAGCCACUCUCAAGAUCAGCAUCCCAAGAGCAAGGGACUUCAUGUCCAGGCUGCGACAGGGAACAGCAGGGAUCACGACACCCUUUGACAUUCCCUUGCCAUCCUCCAUACUCUUCUGCAGUCUGAAGUCUGCACCACUGCCCUUGGCCCUUGUCCCAAGUUUGGCUCCUGGCCUGUCGUCUCCCCAGGUCGCAGGUGCUCCCGCACACGCUUGA